AAGAAUGACAUGAAUUGAAACAACACUGAACCACAUAUCACCCUCAACCUCAAUUCCACCAUGUUCUUCAGAGUUUCAAACUUUGUUCAAAGCUCUCACGAGUCAUAACAAUCCAUCUCCUUUCACUAUUUUUUUUCUCCUUUUUCUUUUUCCUUUGCUUUAGCAGAACCCACUUCUGCAAAACAAACAAGCAGCAUGUCCCAGAACGGUUCAUUGGAGCGCAGUGCCCAACAGCAACCUCGACCCUCGAAUGGCGAUUUUGUUGGGGAUGGUUCCAACAGGCUCCUUGCAAGCCCCAAACGGGACCAUAAGCCCGAAAACUAUGAAGACCUUCAAUUGGAGUUCAAUCAUCUUAUGUUCAGUUGUCUUGAGCAGUAUAUGCCACCUCACAUGCUCAACCUCUCUCGUGAUGUUAAGGCUAACUACUUAAGGAACAUUCUUCAGCGCUAUUUGCCUGAGAGUGAACGCAUUCGGAUUCAAAAGCACAAGGAAUACAAGCAAAAGAUCUUAUCAAACUAUCGACCACUGCAUAAGGAGAUAUAUAGCAUGGAUGCUGAGAAAUUUUUCACACCAUCAUUUAUCAGAGCAAUUAAAGAAAAUACCGAAGCAAGUUUUAGAAGCAUAAUGGCCGAACCAUCUAGAGGAAUUUAUACGUUUGAAAUGCUUCAACCACAGUUUUGUGAAUUGUUGGUAUCUGAGGUGGAGCAUUUUGAAAGAUGGGUCCACGAGACCAAAUUCAGAAUCAUGCGACCUAAUACAAUGAAUCAAUUUGGUGCUGUUCUUGAUGAUUUUGGCAUGGAAACCAUGCUUGACAGAUUGAUGAAUGAUUUCAUAUCUCCUAUAUCUCGAGUUUUCUUCCCCGAACAUGGUGGAUCCUCUCUGGACUCUCAUCAUGGUUUUGUUGUUGAAUAUGGAAUCAAUAGGGAUGUGGAUCUUGGCCUUCAUGUAGAUGACUCAGAAGUCUCCUUAAAUAUUUGCUUGGGAAAGCAAUUUUCUGAUGGAGAGCUGUUCUUCCGGGGUGUUCGAUGUGAUGAACAUAUAAAUUCAGAAACCCAACCAGAGGAGAUCUUUGGUUAUUCCCAUGUUCCUGGACGUGCAAUUCUUCACAGCGGUCGUCACCGGCAUGGUGCUAAACCUACAACAUCUGGGAAUCGGAUCAAUUUAAUUCUUUGGUGUAGAAGUUCGGCUUUUAGAGAGUUGAAGAAAUAUCAGAGAGAUUUUUCUAGCUGGUGUGGAGAAUGCAAGCGCAAGAAAAAGGAGAGAGAGCGCCAAUCAGUUGAUGCCAUCAAAUUGGAAUUACUGAAGAUGGAACUUAAAUCAGCCUCGUGAACGACUUGUAAAUCGUGCUUAUAUAGCUGAAUCACUGCUGAGCUUCAGGAUUGUAUUCAAUCAUAUGAAAUAGAUUUAAGUUGAAAGUAAUAGGCAUGCAUUUCAUAAUGUUGAUGAACUAAAGAGAAAAAUAAUUAUACUUCAAUAUUUUAAUGUUUUUAACUUGAAAUGAUGAAUAGGAAUAUAGUUCCUGAUUCUUUUGUUUUU